CGUCAUUAUCAGACAGGGAGUGAGACCAAACCGCAAACAUUUUAAAAGUAAUACUAUUUUAGCACAAGGAACCAUCCUUGUACGCACCAGAGCAUCAGCUGCCAUCAUCAUCAUCACCACUAGCACCACCGGGAGCUCGUCCCCUGAUGCCCCGUCCGUCCGCUGAUCCGCACUGCUGCUGCUAGGCGUCGGGGCGCGGAGAGGGGAGGGAAAGGAGGAGGAAGAGUGGAUGAGGAGUAGGAAGGAGAGGAGUGGAGGGGGGCUCGGCCGGGCUGCCCUAUAUGGCUGUGGAUGUGCUCUCUGCUAAUAUCGGCUUGAGAGGCACAGCAUCGCGUUUCUGCCAGCAGUCAGUGGUGGCUUCCAGAGUCUAAGCAGGCUCCUUCACAGCCAUGGCUGAGGGCGGAGAAGGGGAAGAUGAGAUCCAGUUCUUGAGAACUGACGAUGAGGUGGUGCUCCAGAGUGUGGCCACCAUCCAGAAGGAGCAUCGUAAGUUCUGCCUGGCCGUCGAGGGACUUGGAAACCGUCUAUGUUACCUGGAAUCAACAUCUGAAGCUAAGUAUGUUCCUCCGGACCUUUGUGUCUGUAACUUUGUGCUGGAGCAGUCACUGUCAGUGCGAGCUCUGCAGGAGAUGCUGGCUAACACUGGGCAGAGCAGCGAAGGGAGUGCUGACCAUGAAAAAUGGGCGGGUCAGGGGGGUGGACACCGGACCCUGCUCUAUGGUCACGCCAUCCUCCUACGCCACUCCUUCAGUGGCAUGUACUUGACCUGUUUGAAGACAUCAAGGUCUCUGACAGACAAGCUGUCAUUUGAUGUCGGACUGCAAGAAGAUUCAAUAGGAGAGUCCUGCUGGUGGACCAUUCACCCUGCAUCCAAGCAGAGAUCUGAGGGAGAGAAAGUCCGCAUUGGAGACGACCUGAUUCUUGUCAGUGUGUCGACGGAGAGAUAUCUACAUCUCUCUAUUUCCAAUGGCAACUUUCACGUGGAUGCCUCCUUCAUGCAGACCCUGUGGAAUGUCCAGCCUACCUGCUCAUCAAGUAACAUGGCAGUAGGUUUUUUAAUUGGUGGACAUGUGAUGCGUCUCUGUCAUGGGCAUGAUGAGAGCCUGACCAUCCCUGGAGCAGACAAGAGUGAGGAGGAGCAGAGGAUAGUUAACUAUGAGGCUGGCAAGGGAGCAUCAAGGGCCCGUUCACUGUGGAGAGUGGAGCCACUGAGGAUCAGCUGGAGUGGUAGCCACAUCCGGUGGGGCCAGCCCUUCCGACUACGCCAUCUCUCUACUGGCCAUUAUCUUGCUCUGACUGAAGACCGUGGACUGGUUCUGCAGGACAGAGUGAAGUCUGACACCACGGCCACUGCUUUCUGCUUUAGGGCCUCCAAGGAAAAGGGAGAUACUGGCCCAAAGAGGGACAUUGAUGGCAUGGGCGUGCCAGAGAUCAAGUACGGAGACUCUGUGUGCUUCAUCAUGCAUGUGGCAACAGGACUGUGGCUGUCCUACCAGGCGCCAGAUGCCAAAUCAUCUCGUCUUGGUCCCCUAAAAAGAAGGGCCUGCCUACAUUCUGAGGGCCACAUGGAUGACGGGCUCAUCCUCCAGCGCUGUCAACAUGAGGAGUCUCGGGCUGCACGCAUCAUCCGUAACACCACGUUCCUCUUUACCAACUUCAUCAAAGCUUUGGACAGCAUUGCAGCAGGAGAGUCUACAGCAGUGGCCGGGUACGUUGAAGAGGUGCUACAGACACUGAAUGAUUUGAUUGAGUACUUUAAGCAGCCCGAUUCUGAGCUGGAGCAUGAAGAGAAGCAGUGUCUUCUCCGUUCACUCAUCAAACGUCAGGACCUCUUCAAAGAGGAGGGUAUGCUGAGUCUUCUGUCCAAAUGCAUUGAUCGAAUGAACCUGUACGACAGUGCAGCCCACUUCGGGGAGGUGGCUGGGGAGGAAGCUGGCGCAGCGUGGAAGGACAUUCUCAACCUGCUUUAUGAACUCUUAGCUGCACUGAUUCGUGGAAACCGGAACAACUGUACCCAGUUUUCCCGAAAAUUGGACUGGUUGGUCAGCAAACUGGAAAGACUGGAGUCUUCAUCAGGUAUUCUGGAAGUCCUCCACUGUAUCUUGGUAGAAAGCCCAGAAGCUCUGAACAUCAUCCAGAAAGGUCACAUUAAAUCCAUCGUCUCUCUGCUCUACAAGCAUGGACGCAACCACAAGAUCCUGGAUGUCCUUUGUUCCCUCUGUGUAUGCAAUGGAGUGGCAGUGAGAGCCAAUCAGAAUCUGAUCUGUGACAACCUCCUUCCCAAUAGGGACCUGCUGCUUCAGACUCGAUUGGUCAAUGAUGUUCAGAGUAUGAGACCAAAUAUCUUCCUGGGCAUAGCUGAAGGUUCAGCUCAGUAUAAGAAGUGGUAUUAUGAGCUGGUCAUUGACCAAGUGGACCACUUUGUAACCAAUGAGCCGACCCACCUGAGGGUAGGCUGGGCCAACACUAAAGGAUAUGCUCCAUACCCUGGUGGAGGAGAAGGGUGGGGAGGCAAUGGUGUUGGAGAUGACCUGUACUCUUACAGCUUUGAUGGACUGCAUCUCUGGUCAGGCCGAAUCCCAAGAGCCGUGGCCUCCAUUAACCAGCACUUGCUGAACUCAGACGAUGUGGUCAGCUGCUGUCUGGAUUUGGGAGCUCCCAGUAUGUCCUUCAGGAUCAACGGGCAGCCUGUCCAGGGCAUGUUCGAGGACUUCAACACAGACGGGUUCUUCUUCCCUGUAGUCAGCUUCUCUGCAGGUGUAAAGGUCCGGUUCCUGCUGGGCGGUCGCCAUGGAGAUUUCAAGUUCUUGCCACCUGCCGGUUACUCUCCGUGUUAUGAAGCACUGUUGCCCAAAGAGAAGAUGCAUGUAGAGCCUGUGAAGGAGUACAAGAGGGACCACGAUGGGGUCCGUGAUCUGCUGGGAACCACCCAGUUCCUCUCUCAGGCCUCCUUUAUUCCCACCCCUGUUGACACCAGUCAGAUUGUUCUUCCCCCUCACUUGGAGAACAUCCGGGACAAGCUGGCAGAAAACAUUCACGAACUGUGGGGGAUGAACAAGAUUGAACUGGGCUGGACUUAUGGCAAGGUUCGUGAUGACAACAAGAGGCAGCACCCUUGCCUUGUGGAUUUCGCCAAGCUGCCUGAAACUGAAAGGAACUACAACUUGCAGAUGUCCAGUGAAACCCUAAAGACCCUUUUAGCCCUGGGAUGCCAUGUUGCCCAGGUUAAUAUUCACGCUGAAGAGGAUCUGAAGAAAAUCAAAUUACCCAAAAACUACAUGAUGUCCAAUGGAUAUAAGCCUGCGCCACUGGAACUCUCUGAUGUGAGACUGAAUGCUGGUCAAGAGGUUCUAGUUGAUAAACUGGCCGAAAAUGCGCACAAUGUGUGGGCCAAAGAUAGAAUUAAACAAGGAUGGACCUAUGGCAUCCAGCAGGAUUUGAAGAGCAGGCGUAAUCCUCGCCUGGUGCCAUAUGCUUUACUGGAUGAACGCACCAAAAAAUCUAACAGGGACAGUCUGAGAGAAGCUAUCAGGACUAUGGUUGGAUAUGGAUAUGAGAUCGACCCCCCAGAUCAAGAGGUUGUGCACAUGCUUGAUGAUCAGAGCAUCGAGACGAUACGCUUCUUCCGUGUGGAGCAGACCUACGCGGUGAAGACGGGGAAGUGGUACUUUGAGUUUGAGGCUCUGAGUGGAGGAGACAUGAGGGUUGGCUGGGCCAGACCAGGCUGCAGACCUGAUGUGGAGCUCGGAGUAGAUGACCAAGCCUUCGUCUUUGAUGGAUAUCGGGGACGACGUAUGCAUGCAGGCAGCCGCUACUUUGGACAGCCUUGGAAAAAGGGCGACGUGGUUGGUUGCAUGAUCAACAUGGAGGACAAAUCCAUGAUUUUCACCCUCAACGGAGAACUCUUGAUCACCAGUAAAGGAUCCGAGCUUUGCUUCACUGACUUUGAGACAGAGGAUGGUUUCAUCCCCGUGUGCAGUCUCCGCAUGUCUCAGAUCGGCCGUAUGAACUUGGGCAAGGACGCCAGUACUUUCAAGUACUACACCAUGUGUGGUCUACAGGAGGGUUUUGAGCCCUUUGCUGUUAACAUGAACAGAGAGGUCACCAUGUGGUUCAGCAAGCGCCUGCCCACUUUUUUCAAUGUACCUGAGUACCACCCUGAUAUUGAGGUGACGAGGAUUGACGGAACAGUCGACAGUCCUCCUUGCCUUAAGGUCACUCACAAGACGUAUGGCACUCAAAACAGCAACAAUGACAUGGUCUACUGUAGACUGAGCAUGCCUGUGGAGUUUUAUUCUGCAGACAAGCUCCUGGAUGAAUCACUGAAGCUCAGCCAUCCUCCAAAAGAAGAUGGAAGUAUUGACUUUGGAAGCAUCACAACUUAUUACUACUCAGUGCGAGUGUUUGCUGGACAGGACCCUGCUUCUGUGUGGGUGGGCUGGGUCACACCCGACUAUCAUUAUUAUAGCAAGAACUUCAGCCUCAGCAAAACGCGCACGGUCACAGUGACGCUGGGAGAUGAGAGGGGCAGGGUCCAUGAGAGUGUUCAGAGGAGUAACUGCUACAUGGUGUGUGUAGCAGACGCAGUUACCCCGUCUUCGUCCAGCCGCUCUAGCUCCGACCUGGAGAUUGGCUGUUUGGCUGACCUGGCCACUGGCCUUGUCUCCUUCAAUGCCAAUGGCAAAGAGCUCCCCACAUCAUAUCAGGUGGAACCAAAUACCAAGCUCUUCCCUGCUGUAUUUGUCCUCCCCACCAGUGCAAACCUCUUCCAGUUUGAAUUUGUUAAGAUAAAGGAUGCCAUGCCACUCUCAUCAGCCAUAUUCAAGAGCGAGCACAGGAAUCCGGUGCCACAGUGUCCGCCACGGUUGGAUGUGCAGACAAUUGUGGCAGUGCUUUGGAGCCGGAUGCCCAAUACCUUUCUCAAUGUGGAGACGGCUCGUGUUAGUGAAAGACAUGGCUGGGUGGUCCAGUGUCUGGAGCCUAUGCAGAUGAUGGCUGUACACAUACCUGAAGAAAACAGGUGUUUGGACAUAAUGGAGUUAUCUGAGCACGAAGACUUAAGGAAGUUCCACUACCACACACUAAAGCUGUAUUGUGCCCUUUGUGCACUGGGAAACACUCGUGUAGCUCACGCCCUCUGCAGCCAUUUGGACCAAUCACAGCUCCUCUACACAAUCGACAAUCAGUACCUCUCUGGCAUGCUGAGAGAGGGCUUCUACAAUGUCCUUAUCAGCAUUCAUCUUGAGACAGCAAAGGAAGCCCGUCUAAUGAUGAACAACGAGUUCAUUAUCCCUGUGACGGAUGAAACGCGCUCCAUCAAGCUGUUCCCAGAUGAGUCCAAGCGACAUUCACUUCCUGGGGUGGACCUAAGCACCUCCCUUAAACCUCGGGUCAAUUUCUCCCCUGUGGGAAUCAUCAACACCAAACGCCAACAGUUCCUCUACAGCCCCCAGAUCCCAUUGGGCAUCCUAAAGGAAAAAGCCAUCAGCAUGCUAACCGAGGCAGUGCAAGGUGGAGGGACACACAUCCGAGACCCAGUAGGCGGGAGUCUUGAGUACCAGUUUGUUCCCAUUUUGAAACUGAUUGGAACGCUGUUAAUAAUGGGAGUCCUGACCAGUGAUGAGGUGAGGCUGAUUCUCCUCCUGAUCGACCCCAAUGUGUUCGGAGAGACCAAAGAGGGUGAGGAAGUUAAGGGGGAUGAGGUGGCCGUGUCAGGGGAGAAGGAGGAGGUGAGCAAGAAUGAGGAGAAGGCUGUAGAAGCAGGGGAGGAAGAGACCAAGGAGAGCAAACCGCAAGUUAAAGGCCUGCUGGAGAAGUCUCUGCCAGAGUCUGUCAAACGCCAGAUGUGUGAGCUGCUCCACUACUUCUGUGACUGCGAGCUGAAGCACCGCAUCGAAUCCAUUGUUUCCUUCUCCGACAGCUUCGUGUCCAAGCUGCAGUACAAUCAGAAGUUCCGCUACAAUGAGCUAAUGCUGGCUCUCAACAUGUCUGCCGCUGUCACUGCCAAAAAGACCAAAGAGUUUCGUUCACCUCCGCAGGAGCAGAUAAACAUCCUGUUGAAUUUCAGUGCAGGUGAGGACUGCCCCUGUCCCGUGGAGAUCCAGGAUGAGCUCAACUCGUUCCAUGAAGAACUGCGGCUGCAUUGUGGAAUUCCAGUGGAGGAAGAAGAAGAAGAACAGGACACUUCAAUUAAAGGCCGUCUUCUGGCUUUACUGUAUAAAAUCAAGGGCCCACCACAGAAGACGGAGCAGGAACCCACAGAGACUGAACAGGCUGCCCCCACCAACCUGAAGGAGCUUAUCUCCCAGACCAUAACCAGUUGGGCUCAGGAGUCUCACAUUCAGGACUCAGAGCUGGUGAGAGUGAUGUUUAGCCUGCUGAGGAGACAGUAUGACGGCAUCGGGGAACUGCUUCGGGCCAUGAAGAAGUCGUACACCAUCAGUGCCGCAUCUGUGCAAGAUGCUAUUAACCUGCUGGCAUCUCUGGGUCAAAUCAGAUCUCUGCUAUCAGUGCGAAUGGGCAAGGAAGAGGAGAAACUCAUGAUUGAUGGGCUCGGCGACAUUAUGAACAACAAGGUUUUCUACCAGCAUCCUAAUCUGAUGAGAGUGCUGGGCAUGCAUGAGACAGUCAUGGAGGUCAUGGUGAACGUGCUUGGGGGAGACAAGUCACAGGAGAUCGCUUUCCCCAAGAUGGUAGCUAGCUGUUGUCGCUUCUUGUGCUAUUUCUGCCGUAUUAGCCGGCAAAACCAGAAAGCCAUGUUUGACCACCUGAGCUACCUGCUGGAGAACAGCAGCGUCGGAUUGGCCUCUGAAGCUAUGCGGGGCUCCACUCCGCUGGAUGUCGCAGCGUCUUCAGUGAUGGACAACAACGGUCUGGCGCUGGCCCUGGAGGAGCCUGAUCUGGAGAAGGUGGUGACAUACCUAGCAGGCUGUGGUCUUCAGAGCUGCGCCAUGCUGGUGGCUAAGGGAUACCCAGACCUCGGCUGGAACCCCAUAGAGGGAGAGCGCUACCUCUCAUUCCUGAGGUUCGCCGUUUUCUGCAACGGUGAGAGCGUGGAGGAAAAUGCCAACGUGGUGGUGAAGCUGCUCAUCAGGCGUCCAGAGUGUUUCGGCCCAGCCUUGAGGGGCGAGGGAGGUCAGGGUCUGCUGGCUGCCAUGGAAGAGGCCAUCAAGAUCUCUGAAGAUCCUGCCCUGGACCUGCCCAAGACUCCUGCUGGAGUCACUACUGGGUCUGGUGAGGAGGAAGGGGAAGUGAUUCACAUGGGCAACGCCAUCAUGUCCUUCUACUCUGCCCUCAUUGACCUGCUGGGACGCUGUGCUCCUGAGAUGCAUCUUAUCAAUGCAGGUAAAGGUGAGGCGCUGCGUAUCAGAGCCAUCCUGCGCUCUCUGGUUCCCACUUCGGACCUGGUGGGCGUCAUCAGCAUCCCCCUCAAAAUGCCUGUCGUUAAUAAAGAUGGCACAGUGACCGAACCGGACAUGUCAGCUUGUUUCUGUCCCGACCACAAGGCCCCCAUGGUGCUCUUCCUGGACAGAGUUUACGGCAUCGAGGACCAGAGCUUCCUGCUCCAGAUGUUGGAGGUUGGCUUCCUGCCUGACCUCCGAGCCUCGGCGUCUCUGGAUACGGAGGUGUUGAGCACCACAGAGACUGCGCUGGCCAUGAACAGGUACAUCGGCUCAGCUCUGCUGCCUCUGCUGACCCGCUGUGCCGCUCUCUUUGGCAGCACAGAGCACCACGCACAGCUGGUUGACUCCACGUUGCAGACUAUCUACAGGCUGUCAAAAGGCCGCUCACUCACCAAAGCCCAAAGGGAUGCCAUUGAAGAGUGUCUGCUGGCAAUCUGCAAACACCUGCGUCCCUCUAUGAUGCAGCAGCUGCUCAGACGUCUGGUGUUCGAUGUUCCAAUGCUCAAUGAAUACUGCAAGAUAUCUCUCCGGCUGCUGACCAAUCACUACGAGCAGAACUGGAAGUACUACUGCCUGCCAUCUGGUAUGGGCAGCUUUGGUACUGCCUCUGAGGAGGAGCUCCUUCUCACCAAGAAACUCUUCUGGGGAAUCUUUGACUCCCUUUCUCAUAAGAAAUAUGAUACUGAACUUUUCAAAAUGGCCAAGUCAUGCCUGUGUGCAAUCGCUGGGGCCCUGCCUCCAGACUUUGUGGAUUCCAGUUUAGGUGCAACGCUGGAGAAGCAGGCAUCAAUGGACGCACAGGGUAACUUUGACCCCAAACCCAUCAGCACUGCCAAUAUCUCCCUUCCUGAAAAACUUGAGUACAUUGCCAACAAAUAUGCAGAGCAUUCCCAUGACAAGUGGUCCUCAGAGAAGAUGUCAGUGGGCUGGAAACAUGGAGACACUGUGGAUGAGCAGGCCAAAACCCAUCCACUCCUGAAGCCCUAUAAAUCUCUGAGUGAGAAGGAGAGAGAAACAUAUCGCUGGCCAGUGAGAGAGUCACUGAAGAGCAUGUUGGCUAUGGGCUGGAACAUUGAGAGGACCAAAGAGGGUGAGGCGAUGUUCCAGCAACGAGAGAGCGAAAAACAGCGGAAGAUCUCGGAGUCCCAGAUUAAUGGAUUCAGUCCCGCUCCAAUGGAUCUGCACAAUGUCACCUUGUCGAGAGAGCUGCAGGGCAUGGUGGAGGUGGUUGCAGAAAAUUACCACAACAUCUGGGCCAAGAAGAAGAAAACUGAGCUUGUCAGCAAAGGAGGAGGGACCCACCCACUGCUGGUACCCUAUGAUACCUUGACAGCUAAAGAGAAGUACAGAGACAGAGAGAAGGCCCAGGAGCUCUUCAAGUUCCUGCAGAUUAGUGGCUAUGCCAUCACAAGAGGCUUGAAGGACAUGGAGCAGGAUUCAUCAUCAAUGGAAAAACGCUUUUCUUACAAGUUCCUUAAGAGGUUGCUGAAGAAUGUUGACUCUGCCCAGGAGUUCAUUGCUCAUCUUGAGGCGAUGGCCACCAGUGGGAAGACCGACAAAUCCCCUCAUGACCAGGAAAUCAAGUUCUUUGCCAAGGUGUUGCUUCCCCUGACUGAUCAAACAUUUAAAAACCACUGUCUGUACUUCCUGUCUACACCUAGUAAGAACCUGAGCAGUUGUGGUUGUGCCUCCAAUAAAGAGAAGGAGAUGGUCACCAGUCUGUUCUGUAAGCUGGCAGCUCUUGUCAGACACAGGAUUUCUCUCUUUGGAAGUGAUUCAGCAAUGAUGGUGAGCUGUCUGCACAUCCUUACUCACUCACUUGACACUAGAACAGUGAUGAAGACUGGCUCGGAGCUGGUAAAAGUCGGGUUAAAGACUUUCUUUGAGAAUGCAGCAGAAGACUUGGAGAAGCUGCUGGAGAUGCUGAAACUGGGAAAGUUCAUGCAAUCCCGUGCCCAGAUGAAGAGCGUCAGUCAAAGCAUAAACUAUGUGACAGUGGCACUGCUGCCUAUCCUCACUGCCCUCUUUGAGCAUAUCAAAACAUACGAGUUUGGAGUGGACUUGCUUUUGGAUGACGUCCAGCUGUCUUGCUACAGAAUUCUGACAUGUUUGUACUGUCUGGGAACAGGAAAGAACUUGUUUGUGGAGAGGCAUCUGCCAGCACUGGGGGAGAGCCUGGCGAUUCUGGUUGGAGCCAUGCCCGUAGCUUUCCUGGAGCCUCAUCUAAAUGCUCACAACCCACUCUCAGUCUUCAACACCAAGACCCCUCGAGAGCGAGCCAUCCUGAGUAUGCCUGACACAGUGGAGGAGAUGUGCCCAGAGAUGCCUCGUCUUGACAAACUUCUCAAAGACGUCAAUGAUGUGUCAGAGUCUGGUGCUCGCUAUAGUGACAUGCCACAGGUUAUAGAGGUAAUCCUUCCCAUGCUGUGUAACUAUCUGUCCUACUGGUGGGAGAAAGGUCCAGAGAACUCGCCCCCAGAUACUCAGUGCUGCACCAUGGUGACCUCUGAACACCUCAGCAUCAUUCUGGGAAAUAUCCUCAAGAUCCUCAACAGCAACCUGGGCAUUGAUGAUGCUCCUUGGAUGAAGAGGAUUGCCGUCUAUUCUCAGCCAAUCAUCUGCAAAGCUGGAGCAGAUCUGCUCAGAACCCAUUUCCUGCCCACACUGGAUAAAUUAAAGAAGAAGACGGUGAAGGUGGUGGCUGAAGAGGAGCUGCUGAAAGCUGACAGCAAAGGUGACAACCAGGAGGCAGAACUGCUCAUCUUGGACGAGUUUGCUGUGCUCUGCAGGGACCUCUAUGCUUUCUACCCCAUGCUCAUUCGUUAUGUGGACAACAACAGGUCCAGGUGGCUGAAGGAGCCGGACGGAGACUCCACUGAGCUCUUUAGGAUGGUGGCUGAGAUCUUCAUCCUCUGGUGCAAGUCACAUAACUUUAAGCGUGAGGAGCAAAACUUUGUGGUUCAGAAUGAAAUCAACAAUUUGGGCUUCCUAACUGGUGAAGGCAAGACUAAGAUGUCUAAGACAGGUGGGGACCAGGAGAGGAAACACAAGCUCCGACGUGGUGAAUACUACUCCAUUCAAACGUCUCUAAUUGUAGCCGCCCUGAAGAAGAUGCUACCCAUCGGCCUUAACAUGUGCACCCCAGGAGACCAGGAGCUCGUCUCUUUGGCCAAGAUACGCUACAGCCUGAAAGACACAGAUGAUGAGGUGAAGGAGCAUUUGCGUCAGAAUCUCCAUCUCCAGGACAAGUCUGAUGACCCAGCGGUCCAGUGGCAGAUGAACCUGUACAAAGAUGUUGUGGUGAAGAGCGAGGAACCAGCAAACCCAGAGCAUACAGUGGACAGAGUCCAGAGCAUCUCUGCUGCAGUCUUCCAUCUGGAGCAGGUGGAGCAACCACUUAGGAAUAAAAAGUGUGUGUGGCAGAAGCUGCUAUCGAAACAGCGUAAACGUGCUGUAGUGGCUUGUUUCCGCAUGGCUCCACUCUACAAUUUACCCAGGCAUCGUGCUAUCAACUUCUUCAUCCCGGCCUAUGAGAGACUUUGGAUAGAGGCAGAGGAGUACUCCUUUGAGGAGAAGCUAGUUCAGGAUCUGGCAAAAACACCAAUGAAGAUUGUGGAGGAGGAGGAAGAGGAGGUGGCUGAGAUCCAGCCCGACCCUCUCCACCAACUCAUUCUGCACUUCAGCCACAAUGCUCUGACAGAAAGAAGUCACUUGGAAGAAGAUCCUUUGUAUAUUGCGUAUGCAGACAUGAUGGCAAAGAGCUGUGCAGAGGAUGAGGAAGAAGAAGAGGAAGAAGGGAAAGAAAAGACAUUCGAGGAGAAGGAGAUGGAAAAGCAGAAGAUCCUUUAUCAGCAGGCGAGGCUGCACGCUCGUGGCGCUGCUGAAAUGGUGCUGCAGAUGAUCAGCUCCAGUAAAGGUCGUCUGGGCCCCAUGGUGACCUGCACCCUCAAACUGGGCAUCUCCAUCCUAAAUGGAGGCAACGUGCAAGUUCAGCAGAAAAUGCUCGAUUACUUGAAAGAAAAAAGAGAUGCAGGCUUUUUCAAGAGUCUUUCAGGACUAAUGCAGUCCUGCAGUGUCCUGGACUUGAAUGCAUUUGAGAGACAGAACAAAGCAGAAGGACUCGGCAUGGUGACAGAGGAAGGUUCUAUCCACACUGAGCGGGGCUCCAAGGUGCUACAGAAUGAUGAGUUUACUAAAGAUCUUUUCCGGUUUUUGCAACUUCUGUGCGAGGGCCACAAUGGAGAUUUCCAGAAUUUUCUGAGAACCCAAACUGGAAACACAACCACAGUCAACAUCAUUAUCAGCACUGUGGACUAUCUGCUCCGUCUUCAGGAAUCUAUCAGUGACUUCUACUGGUACUACUCUGGCAAAGAAGUAAUUGAUGAAACUGGAAAGCGAAACUUUUCCAAAGCGUUAUCUGUAGCAAAGCAGAUAUUUAACUCGCUGACUGAGUACAUCCAGGGUCCAUGUAUUGGGAACCAGCAGAGUUUAGCACACAGCAGACUGUGGGAUGCAGUGGUGGGCUUCUUGCAUGUUUUCGCCAACAUGCAGAUGAAGCUGUCUCAGGAUGCCAGUCAAAUUGAGCUGCUGAAAGAACUGAUGGACUUACAGAAAGACAUGGUGGUCAUGCUGCUGUCUCUGCUUGAGGGUAAUGUGGUUAAUGGAACAAUUGGAAAGCAGAUGGUUGACACCCUGGUGGAGUCUUCCAGCAAUGUGGAGAUGAUUCUCAAGUUCUUCGACAUGUUCCUGAAAUUGAAGGAUCUCACGACCUCUGACAACUUCAAGGAGUAUGACCCUGAGUGUAAAGGCAUCAUUUCUAAGAAGGAGUUCCAGAAGUCCAUGGAGAGCCAGAAGCAGUACAGCCAGUCUGAGAUCGAAUUCUUGCUCUCGUGUGUAGAGGCGGACGAGAAUGACAUGUUCAACUACAAGGAGUUUGUGGAGCGGUUCCACGAGCCAGCCAAAGACAUCGGUUUCAACGUGGCAGUCCUUUUGACCAACCUGUCUGAACACAUGCCGCAUGACUCCCGACUUGCCACUUUCUUAGAUCUGGCUGAAAGUGUGCUUAGUUACUUUGAGCCUUACCUGGGUCGUAUUGAAAUCAUGGGCAGCGCAAAGCGAAUCGAGAGGGUUUACUUUGAGAUCAGCGAGUCGAGCCGCGAGCAGUGGGAAAAGCCGCAGGUGAAAGAAUCCAAGCGUCAGUUCAUCUUUGACGUGGUGAACGAGGGUGGAGAGAGCGAGAAGAUGGAGAUGUUUGUGAAUUUCUGCGAGGACACCAUAUUUGAGAUGCAGCUGGCCUCACAGAUCUCUGAGCCAGAAGUGGUUGAACAGCCCGAAGAGGACGAAGAGGAAGAUGGACACAGCAUCCUGGAAGAGCUGACUGCAGAGGAAGAGCACGCCCUGGAGUCUGCCUCUGCCUUCACCACCGCAUGUCGCUCAGUCAAGAGCAAGAUUGCACACGUCCGCCAGAUGUUUUCCAUUAAAAACAUGCGCAAGAAGUUGAAGAAACUCAAGAAGCUGAGCAUCAAGGAGAUAAUCACAGGCUUCUUUGCCUUCUUCUGGAUGCUGUUCACUGGGUUUUUUAAGGGUAUCUACAGCCUCAUCUUUGGUUUCUUCCACGUCAUUUGGUCCUCCAUGUUUGGUGGAGGUUUAGUCGAGGGAGCCAAGAACAUAAAGGUGACGGACAUCCUCGGAAACAUGCCUGACCCGACUCAGUUCGGCAUCCACGGAGAUGUGAUAGAGGGAGAGAAAGUGGAGGCUAUAGAAUCAUUAGGAAACCUGGACAUAGCCAUGGCACCAACAGGGGACGUUGUAGAGGUUGACAUGAUGAUGGAGAUGCUGAACGCGCCUAAAAAAGAAGGAGGAAAACAUGUGGAGCCAGGCCUGGGGGAUGUUUGCGAGCUGAGUGCUGAGCCCUCCGCUGAUCAUAAGAAGAAAGCUGCUGCCAAGAAGGUUGAAACCCCUGAGAACGAACCAGAAAAAGCAGAUACAGAGAACCAAGAGAAGGAGGAUAAACCAAAGGAGGAAGAGGCUAAGGAGCCAGUGACAGAGGAGAAGCCCAAGACCAGGUCAAGUCAGCCUAAAGAGCCAGCACCUGCGUUCAUGUCCAGUAUUUUUGCAGUUCUGGAUGUCUAUCUGAACAAGACGCUGAACUACCUGGCUCGUAACUUCUAUAACCUCCGCUUCCUGGCGCUGUUUGUGUGUUUUGCCAUCAACUUCAUUCUGCUCUUCUACAAGGUCACUGGUGAAAGUGAUGAAGAAACUGAUGAUGAAAACCGCUGGGGUGCUGACGAAGAGGAUGACGAGAACACGUUCUUUGACAUGGAUGAGUUUGUGCUUCAGGAGAGCACCGGCUACAUGUUACCAACGCUGCGCUUCUUGGCAAUAUUCCACACCGUCAUCUCGCUCGUCUGCCUGGUCGGGUACUACUGCCUGAAGGUUCCUUUGGUGGUUUUUAAGAGGGAGAAGGAAAUUGCCAGAAAGCUUGAAUUUGAUGGGCUGUACAUCACUGAGCAGCCAUCUGACGAUGAUAUCAAAGGCCAGUGGGAUCGACUUGUCAUCAACACCCCAUCCUUCCCAAACAACUACUGGGACAAAUUUAUCAAGCGCAAGGUUAUUAACAAAUAUGGUGAUCUCUAUGGAGCAGAACGCAUUGCUGAGCUUUUAGGCCUAGAUAAGAGCGCUUUGGACUUUGACCCCACAGUGGAAACUGUUGAGAAAGAAGCGUCCCUGGUAUCCUGGCUGAGCUCCAUUGAUACAAAGUACCACAUCUGGAAACUGGGCGUGGUCUUGACUGACAAUUCUUUCCUGUAUCUCAUUUGGUACACCACCAUGUCUAUUUUUGGACACUUCAACAACUUCUUCUUUGCUGCUCAUCUGCUGGACAUCGCCAUGGGAUUCAAGACCCUUCGCACCAUCCUGUCAUCUGUUACUCACAAUGGCAAGCAGCUCGUGCUGACUGUGGGUUUGCUGGCUGUGGUCGUCUAUCUCUACACCGUGGUGGCCUUCAACUUCUUCAGGAAGUUUUACAAUAAGAGCGAGGAUGAAGACGAGCCCGACAUGAAGUGCGACGAUAUGAUGACGUGCUAUAUGUUCCACAUGUACGUGGGUGUGAGAGCUGGAGGAGGUAUUGGAGAUGAGUUAGAGGACCCAGCUGGAGACCCAUACGAGCUCUACCGCAUCCUGUUCGACAUCACCUUCUUCUUCUUUGUCAUCGUCAUCCUGCUGGCCAUCAUCCAGGGUUUAAUCAUUGAUGCCUUUGGUGAGCUGAGAGACCAACAGGAGCAGGUGAAAGAAGACAUGGAGACCAAAUGUUUCAUCUGUGGAAUUGGGAAUGAUUACUUUGACCGGACGCCUCAUGGCUUUGAAACUCACACCUUACAAGAACACAACCUAGCCAACUACCUGUUCUUCCUGAUGUAUCUGAUUAACAAGGAUGAGACUGAGCAUACGGGUCAGGAGUCAUACGUGUGGAAGAUGUACCAGGAGAGAUGCUGGGACUUCUUCCCCACUGGAGACUGCUUCCGUAAGCAAUAUGAGGACCAGCUGGGUUAGAGCGGGUCGCCUCGUCUGCUGCUCUGAACCCCAAUCUCCACUUUGCUUCUACCUGGAAAAAAGACAUUGAACUUGACUUCACCCUGUUACCAGAACACACACCGUCAUAGUGUCGAAAAAUGUAAAGAGGAAAAAAAAAAAAUCUGAAUUCUGA